AUGAAAUACGUAAAACUAUCUCAAACAGCUGAUUUAAUGCCUACUCUAGGCUUAGGAACAUGGCAGGCUUCUUCAGAAGUUAUUGAAUCUAUUGUAUAUAAAGCUUUAGACUUAGGUUAUCGACAUAUCGAUACAGCUUUUAAUUAUAACAAUGAGGAGGCUAUUGGUAAUGCAAUUAAAAAGUGGAUAGAUGACGGAAAAGGUACGAGGAAGGAUUUAUUUAUUACUACUAAGCUCCCUCAUGUUGGAAACCGAGCUUCUGAUGUGAAGAAGUUUUUAGAUCUUCAGCUGAAACGGUUGCAAAUGGAUUACGUGGAUUUAUAUUUAAUUCACGUGCCUUUUGGGUUUCAAUGUGACGAGGCGACGCUGACGCCAGUAGUGAAGAGCUCGGGCGAAUACGAUUUGGACAUGGAUACCGAUCAUAUUAACACUUGGAAGGUAAUGGAAGAAUGUCAGAAGGCCGGUCAGGUCCGUAACUUGGGGUUGUCAAAUUUCAACGAGGAGCAGAUAGCAAAGAUCAUCAAGCACGCGAGCAACAUACCGCAGGUGUUACAAGUAGAGUUGCACGCGUACUUCCAGCAGGUGGAGUUGAGGAAGUUCUGCUCGGAAUAUGACAUAGUGGUGACUGCGUACGCGCCGCUGGGAAGCCCCGGCGCGAAGGAACAUUUUGUUAAUAAGUAUAAUUAUAGUCCUGAUGUGUUUCCGGACUUGUUAGGGCAUCCGGAGGUUAACGAAAUAGCUAAAACCCAGAACAAGUCUCCUGCUCAGGUUCUAUUGCGCUACUUAGUUCAGCAGAAAAUUGUAGUUAUUCCCAAAAGCACUAGCGAGAAUAGACUUAAGGAAAAUGCUGACUUGUAUGAUUUCGAAUUAACAACGGAAGAUAUAAAUCGACUGAAAAAACUGGAUAAAGGAGAAGACGGUCGCAUUUUCAACUUUCUAUUUUGGAAAGGAGUCGAAAACCACCCGGAGUAUCCCUUUAAGCAUUUAGUUUCGGCGAAU